GCUCAACAAUAUGGGGGUUUUCAAUUAUGAAACUGAGUCCACCUCUGUUAUCCCACCGGCUAAGUUGUUCAAGGCCUUCAUCCUUGAUGCAGACAACCUCAUCCCAAAGGUUGUACCUCAGGCCAUUCAGGCUUCUGAAAUCAUUGAAGGAAAUGGAGGGCCUGGAACUAUCAAGAAGAUUACCUUUGGCGAAGGCAGCCAAUUCAAGUAUGUGAAGCACAGGAUCGAUGAAGUUGACCACACGAACUUUACAUAUGGCUACAGCAUAAUCGAGGGUGAUGCUUUGAGCAACAUAAUCGAGAAAAUCUCUUAUGAGAUCAAGAUAGUGGCAUCUCCUGAUGGAGGAUCCAUCUUGAAGAGCAUCAGCCACUACCACACCAUAGGCGACCACGAGAUCAAGGAAGAGCAAGUUAAGGCUGGCAAAGAAAAGGCAGCUGGUCUUUUCAAGGCUGUUGAGGGCUACCUCUUGGCACACCCUGAUGCCUACAACUAAA